AUGCGCGCUCAGAUGCCGCUCCUGGGGAGAAAAAUUUCCAUGUUUCCUGCGCUUGAUUCGGUUUACUUCACCGGCUUUGCAGAGACCGACAAGACCUUUGUGAUUGCUCGCCUUGCCAGACGUCCUAACGGGAUCUGUGAGAUGUGGCUCUUCCUCAGGGUGGACGGAAUAGGAGAGUUUGAACACCCGCAACAUCCAAACAUGAUUGUGAGUGAUGAAUCUGAAGGGAUUUGGAGCGGAGGAGGGCUCACUAUUGAAUACAUAGAGCCCCAAAACCGCUGGAAAAUAAGCUUCAAUGGAUUACUCAGAAAAGGACCCUACCGGCAGGAGUGGAGCGAAGAGAAAGGUGAACUUGUACCAGUUAAAUUCUCUUUCCAUUGGGAGAACUUCACAGAAGUCUUUGACUUUAGUACCGACAGUCAUCCUAACGCGUUUGCAAAUGCUUUUGCCCAGGAACCAUGGACCAUUGAGUUCUUCCAGAGGGUCAAAAAGCAAAGGGAACAACAUUCCCGACAUGAGCAGUGGGGCCAGUCUGUUGGAGAAAUUGAAAUAGAAAAUCAUGAAAAAACAGAACUUUCCCUCAAAGGUGUUCGGAGCCACUCUUACGGUAUCAGGAACUGGUCUGAGAUUUACCGGUACGUCAUGAUUUUGGCACGCUUUGAGGAGGGAACUGCGGCACAUUUAACGGUUAUUAAUAUGCCAGCUAUCACAACUAACCUCGCUGUAGGUUAUGUCUUUUUCCCGGAUGGGAGGAAGGCUGGCAUUGAGUGGUCCAAUGCCUCGCUGACUAAGAUGGCUGAUGAUGGUGUUAUCAAGGAUGAAUACAGAGUCAGUUUUACUGCCGGUGGCAAGCACUUUGAUGUUUCUGCAACGCUGGAUGAGCAGGCUUGCCCCGUGGUGUAUAACGGCCUGACUGGAAGCGGCGUUUUCCAUGAGUGCAUUGCAGAUUUCCAACUGAACGGGUCAACACAAGGCUGGGGCUUGGUUGAAUUCUAUUACAGGGAUGAAGCCUCCCAGCUGGUUCCGAAUUUGCGGCUUGGUUCAGAAGCCGAAGGACCCAACCUUUCCUCCUGGUACCCAUCGAUUGACAGCUCUCCCCCAUGA